CUGGCUGCAAACACCAAAACACAUUCAGGCUUUUACUCUUUUUUUUUUUUGUACUACAUCAUCAAAAUUCUUAAAUGGAGUCAUUAUCAAAAAUGGACGAGCCGUUUCCAACACCUCCACCGUACUUCUUACCAGAUGAAAGUAAAUCAGGACAAGAGGGGAGGAUCUACCACAUUCACUCACCCUUUAGCCCUCUACCACCACCUCCUUCCUUCUCUUUUUCUUCUGGAGUUGGCUUCUCCACCCAGACUCACUUACCUCUGGCAGUGUCUGCUCUCCCACAGUCUACUCCCAGGCCAAAGUUUGUGAGCUAUGAAACGGUGCUGUAUCGCUCUCCAGCUCUGACAACAUGCCCUUCCUGUCAGACUCAGGUCACCACACAGGUCACCUACCGAGUUGGUAGACACGCGUGGCUCAUGUGUCUUGUGUUUGUGCUAUGCGGGUUGGUGCUUGGAUGUUGCCUGAUUCCAUUUUUCAUGAACUAUUUCAAGGAUGCCUAUCACACUUGUCCUCGUUGUCGACGGGUCCUCCAUGUACACAGGAGGACAUGCUGUGAAUGAACACACACAAGAUUAACCACCAAAUGGUUAAUCUAAUGUGUUUCUUAACUUUAACAGAAGUUCAGUUGCAAAAAAUGAACACUUUCUUAAAGUCAGUCAGCAUAAUUAUAUGAUUAAAUGUAUACUAUAUAAGGAGAAGACAUGUUGGUUCCUGUCAUGUAGAAUUUAGAGAUUUUUAAAUUAUGUUUUAAUGGGGUUUUGUAAGAAAAUCAUAUCAAAUAAAUGUUUUCUG